AUGGCGGUGACCAAGGUUGUGUCUCAAGUUCCCAAGAUCACAAGGCCUCCGCUCAAGAUGUCGUCUUUGAAGGAUGCCAAGGCAGUGAUAGAAGAAGCGUCGUUACCCUUCACACAUCACUGUAACCCACUUUAUUCUAUCUUCCGCUCACGAAUCCCUCCACCCUCGAUUUCCACCCUUACGAACAAUUGCAACAAACAACAAUCUACCAUCGUUAAGGAACCGGUUGGGAUUGUAUAUUCAGAGAACUCUUCAAACAGUAAUAAUUUGCUUCGAGGGGAACGUGUAGUAUCCAGGGUAUUGUCAGCUACGAAUGAGGAAGGUCGAGUUAAAGGGGAGAACUCCAUCGAACAUGUCACAUAUGAGGAAGUUUGCUAUAUGGAGGAAGAUUAUUUUGCAUGCUGA